AUGGGCCGCAAUGGAGUUGGAUCGCUGCUGCUGCUGAUCUGCAUCGCGUCGAGCCGUGCUAGCGAGUCCUUCGACGCCUUCGACGCGGCCGCCGCCAGCUCCAAGCCCCACCGCCUCGAGCACCUCCGCUUCCAGCGCAGCCUCGUGGCCGACACGGCCGAGGAGGCGGCGGAAGUCCGUGCCAAAGAGAAGAAGGUCUUCGAGCAAGGGGAGCACACUAGGGCCCGCAAGGCCCUCUUCGAGAAGCGCCUCGCAGCCUGCUACGGGGACGACGCGUGUCGCAAGGCUGUGGCAGCGCGGCAGCUGGAGAUCGAGCACCAGGUGGCCAGCGGCACAGCGCCUGCUGCUGUAGUCGAGGGUCGGGAGGAGAAAACAGAGGAGGCUCCGAAGUCCACCGGAUGGCUCAGGCAGAAGAUUGGGGCGGCCUUGGGCUAUGUGCACGUAGGUGAAGGGGUGGCGGCCCGGGCUCGCGAAAUGCUAAGCAAUUCGCGGCUUUUGGAUGCCAGGGCUCGCGAAACGCGGCAUGUGAAGAUUCAGUGUUGGGGUGACCCGGCAGCGCUAGAAGUUUCACCGCAGCGGAUCGGAGUAUCCCAGGAAGUCAACAGUAUCCCGGAUCCCCGUACCCCUGAGAGCGAGGCAUCGAACGCGGAGACUGUGGGUGAGGCUGCCGAUGAACCAGUGCCGAAGAGCGAGCUGAAGCGUUUGCGCAAGGCCGAGCGCAAGGAGCAGAGAAGGCUGCAUGCAAAGGAGCAGAGGCAGCAGAAGAAGAAGAUGCAGAGGCAGCGAAAGCAAGAGCUGCGGCAGGAACACCUGGAGUCGCUGAGCGCGGCAGAGAGAGCCGAGUUCCUGGAGAAGGAGCGUGAGGCUGGAAAAGAGAGGAAGGCGGCCAUUCAAGCGACGCUGGACCACGCCUUCCAGCACGGCCGGCCACGCAUCGCCAUCAACUGCAGCUUCAGUGACACGAUGGACGUGAGGGAGCUGACGUCCUUGGCCAAGCAGGUUCAGUUGGCGUAUACGCAGACCAGGGACUCGAACUCCAAAGUGCAGCUGCACAUCACCUCUCUCCAUGCUGAAAACCCGGUGAUGCGAUCGCUGGAGUCACAGGGCAUGAAAAGCUGGAAGCUACAUCUGCAUGAGGAGUCGGUCUGGGAUGUCUUUGCCUCGGAAGCAAGGGAUGGCCGCCUGGUCAUCCUCACGCCGGAUGCCGAAGAGGAGCUGCUGGAGGUGAUGGAAGAGGAGGUCUACGUCGUGGGUGGCAUCGUGGAUCGUUCUGUGAAGAAGAUGCAGAGCAGAACGCAGGCGGUCGAGCGGGGCGCAACGAAGCUCCGCAAGCUUCCCCUGAAGAGCUUUGGCCCCGCUGGCUGCUGCCCGGUGCUGAACAUCGACUGCGUGGUCCGAAUACUGUGUGAGUGGCUGAAGGGAGAUGGCAGUUGGCAAGACGUGUUUGAGCUCUGUCUGCCACCUCGCCGUGUGGGCGACCGCGCCGUCUUGACCAAGCGGCAGCGCCGGACCCAGCGCGCCCUCGAGCGGGCGGAGGCCGGGGCCCCGAUGCCCGCGGCAUAA